CACAGGACAGGUUAUGUUUUGAAGCAUGUGCUUGAGCUCCAAAACGUGCAAAACAAAUUUGAAACAAUUUUACUGUUAUUAUACAUAAAUAAUAUACUUAUAAAUGCUGAAAAAUUUAUGGUUGUUACUGCAAGAUACAAGACAAAAUGUCGACAACUAUGAAGAAAGAGUUAGCGAAGGCGAAAAAGGUAUUACAUCCAAAUAGUAGAAAGUCCAUCGCGAUUAUGAAGAAAACAAAAAAAAUAUCCAAUCGAGAAAAAGUAAAGCUUGGAUCUUUUGUAAAGCAGAAUCUGGUGGCUGAAAAAAUUUUAUGGAUCCAACAACACAUGGUGGAUGUAUGUCCUUACACACCAGAAUUGACUGCAGAAUUAUUGGAAACAUACAUGGGGCGAAAUGACGAGGAACUGGAACAAAUAGCUUUAAAACAUUCAAUAGGAGGCAGGAAAAAUAGGCAACAUGCAAGUAGAGAGGAUAUUCUUCGAAUGACCAAAGAGAGAGAAAAGGCAGAAUACGACACUUGUGGUAUUGAGAUUCCUGACAUACUAAACACUGGUCAAUGUGAAAUGCUUCAAAAAUGGGACGGCGAACUUAGAUAUCUACCUAAUUUCAAGUUCCGUAGAUUUGGGAAAAAGGAUUUAGAGAGAGCACGGCAACAGGAACAGAGAUCCAGAACUAAAAUUAAAAAAGGAAUUAAGUCGAUAUUGGAUGAUAAAAAAUCUGAAAAGGAAAAGGAACCAUCGAUGGUAUCGGAAUCUGCAGAAACGACAGAGGCUUCCAGGGAAAACUUGGUACCAGAAGAAGACAUUAUAGCGGAAGUGUCUCUGUCUGAAACAAAUUUAUUGAAAGGUGAUUGUUCUAUGAUAGUAGAAUAAAAAAGUCUGAUGGUAAAUAA